AGAUGUGGGGACGCCUGUGGAGUCCGGUCCGCACGGUGCGUAGGGGUGAGUGUAGAGAGCGCGGCGGAGCUUGGCGUAGCUGUGGUUGGUGAAUAGCGUAUCGGCGGAGGCGGCAGGAGCUGGAGGAGGAGGAGGCGCCGCGGCGGUUUGGUACCGAGCGGAGAGGGAGAUGCACACGGCACUCGAGUGAGGAAACAGAGAUGAAGGUACACAUGCACACAAAAUUUUGCAUCAUUUGUUUGCUGACAUUUAUCUUUCAUCAGUGCAAUCAUUGUCAUGAAGAUGGGCACGACCAUGGUCCUAAAGAGAAACAUGUACACAACCAUAGUGACUAUCAGAUCUCAAAUGCAUCCUACUUACAGAAUGGAGGAACAGAAUCUAUGCCAAGUAAAUUUUCAAUGUUGGAAGCUGAAAAUGAACAGAAAUACUACAUUGAAAAGAUCUUUGAUCGUUAUGGUGAAAAUGGAAGAUUGUCUUUUUUUGGCCUGGAAAAACUGUUAAUAAGCCUCGGUUUAGGAGAGGUAAAAAUAGUGAUGAUAAAUCAUGAUGAUAUUGGCCAUGAUCAUGUGUCUCACUUAUAUGCUUUAGAAGUACAGGAAGGAAAGCAUUCUCACUCUCGGAACCAUCCUGAUAGCCACGCAGAUCCAGAAAACCAAACCGUGAUUGGUGUGGCUGCAAAGAGAAAUCAUAAAUGUGACCCUGAGAGAGACAUAGUAGUGCCAUCAGUAAAAGAGGAUGGCAAACACAUUCAUGACCAGAGUCGCCAUCACCAUCAUCACCACCCUCGUCUACAUCAUCAUGACCGUAAUACUACACAUCAUUCUCAUAAUGAUUCGCUUAGUCGUAGUGAACAUGGAGAACAGAACCAUGAACCUUCAACAGAGACAAACACAACUCAGGAUCAGCCAGAAAGAAAACAAAGGAAACAGAGGAAGAAACAGAAGAAGAUCAGUGAAACUUCAGGAGAUGCCACACGGGAUUAUGCCCCAGAUCAUGAUCCAGGCAAUCAGUACGAGCACAAUCGUGUUCAUAAACACGAUCAAGUACAUGAUGCAUCUCACUUGCAUGUACACCAUCAUGAACACCGUAGUGAUCGUUCUACUAGUCAUGCACAUGGACACCAAGAUUCCAAUUUAGGUAAUGAGGACGGACACCACCAUAAGCAGAUUAGUGUAAGAAAACAUGCCCUUUUUUCAACACACAGUCAUAAGGAUCAUAAUGAAGAGGAUCGUGAUCGUGAAGAGUGCUUAAAUGUUACCCAGCUCCUACGGUACUAUGGCCUGGAAACCAGCACUCCAAUAUCUCCUGAAUUGUUCAUAUACAUCUGUCCCGCUUUGCUAUACCAGAUUGAGAGAAGGCUUUGUAUUGUACAUUAUGAUGAGCUUGAAGAUUUUAUGAAAAGUAAAAAUGCAUCAACUGAGAAUAAAGAUAAAACAGGUGCAUCAGCCUGGUUUUGUGGUAUUAUCUCUAUCACCGUCAUUAGCCUGCUUUCCUUGCUAGGUGUGAUCUUGGUUCCCAUCAUUAACCAAUGGUGCUUCAAAUUUCUUCUAACUUUCUUGGUAGCUCUGGCUGUAGGAACAAUGAGUGGAGAUGCACUGCUCCAUCUGUUGCCACAUUCACAUGGAGGCCACAACCACAAUCACCACCAUGGCCAAGGUCAUGUUCAUGAACACAAGCGGUCUCAUCGACAUGCCCACGGACAUGGAGUACGGACUGAAGACUUUCUGGAAGAAAAUGAUCCAGUGCUGAAAGGUCUUGUGGCACUUGGAGGCAUUUAUGUUUUGUUCAUCAUUGAGCAUUGUAUAAGAAUGUACAAGCAUUACAAUAAACAAAAGAUAUUGCAGAGUAAGCAGAAAUGGUGCAAGAAAAAACAGACUGAAGAAUCACCAAUUGGAAGGAAACUCUCUGAUCACAAAUUAAAUAAUAGACCAGAUGCUGACUGGCUUCAGCUCAGACCCCUUGCAGGAGCAGAUGACUCAGUUUUAUCUGAAGAUCGACUCAAUGAAACUGAACUAACUGAUUUAGAUGGCCAGCUGGAAUCCCCUCCCAAAAAUUUCUUGUCUGUAGAAGAGGACAAUAAUGUGCACCAUUCCAACAAUGACGUCUCACAUGCUGCUCAAGAGCAGGAUCUUCAUGAUUCAGAGUAUGACAGCCAUGGAGAAGAUAAAAUGAUAGCUAGAAAACACAGUCACCACUGGCAUCACAAACAUUCCCAUCAUUCCCAUGGCCACUGUCAUUCUGGAAAAGAUCUGAAAGACACUGGGAUAGCUAAUAUUGCUUGGAUGGUAAUUAUGGGAGAUGGCAUUCACAACUUUAGUGAUGGCUUAGCAAUCGGAGCAGCUUUUAGUGCUGGACUGACAGGAGGCAUUAGUACAUCUAUAGCAGUCUUUUGUCAUGAGCUUCCCCAUGAAUUAGGUGACUUUGCUGUGCUGCUUAAAGCAGGUAUGACAGUGAAGCAAGCUAUUGUGUACAACCUGCUGUCAGCCAUGAUGGCAUACGUGGGGAUGCUGAUUGGCACUGCGGUGGGACAGUACACCAACAACAUCACCCUGUGGAUCUUUGCCGUCACUGCAGGCAUGUUCCUCUACGUGGCACUGGUUGACAUGCUUCCAGAAAUGCUUCAUGGAGAUGGAGAUAAUGAAGAGCAUGGUUAUUGUCCAGUGGGGCAGUUCAUACUUCAGAAUCUAGGCCUGCUUCUUGGAUUUGCCAUCAUGCUGGUGAUUGCCCUCUAUGAAGAUAAAAUUGUGCUUGACAUCCAGUUUUGACCUAAUUCUGAUGCUAAACGUGUAUUGUGUGCCACUUGCAGCAUAAACUACUGAAGAAUUGUGGCUGUGAAUUUGCGCAAACUCUUACCAGGGAAUCCGUAUGGGAAUUUCUCCUUUUGUGUUGUGUUUUUUUUUUUAAAAAAAACCACUUAUUUUGGACUGUUUUUUCCAAUCCAAAGUGCAAGAUGCUAGUUACUGAACCUGAGCACAAAGGUCAAUUUAUGCUCUGUGUAUGUAGUACUGGUAGGUUAUUUAUAAUGCUGUAAUAUCAGACCAAAAUCUGUUUCUACAAUGCCUCGAUAUCAGACAUUGUAGCACCAGCCAUUUCUCGCAGUAGAGUAUGUAAGAAGAUUUCUAUUUCCAGUGUAAAGGAGUUCAUUUCUAUAAUAUUUUUUUACAGUUUUAGUAUUUAAAUUAGAUGAUCAAAAAGCAGAUGUGAUAGAUCUGUGGUAUGUGUAAUUUGGAAGGAUAGACUGAAAAUUUGGGCCUUAACUUGGUGAGAUCAGCUGUCCUAGAUCAGGUUGUGCUGAUAUGCUUAUAUUGCCAGACAUGAGUUAGUUCUUCUUGUACCCAUUUCCUUAAAAAAAUAUGUGAGUUUGUGAGGAUUGCAAGUUGAUUCUGUAGUACCAGUUGUCUUUUAUGUGUAUACCACGUAAAAGCUGUAUUUUGACUAUGUGCUGUAAGUUUUGUUUUGGUCUGCUUGGUGCCAGUGUAGCUGCUACAAAAACCGAUCCUAAUGCCUUUAAUGAGAGCCAGUUGGUAUCUUCAUUACAUUUCAAGGUAACCUGUGUUUCCUGUGGCCCUUUACUUUUGAAAGCUUCAUUGAUCAAUUUGGAUUUUACUGAGAGCAGCUCACAUAUUUUCAAGAUAGCAGUUGGUUCUUGCCAGUAUUUCUUCCUAAUGCAGUAUCAAGAAACAGUAUUAAGGGUCCAUUUCAAGGAAGGGUGCAAUUUCUUUAAUUGAAGAAGCCAAAAGCCCAGAGUUCAAGUACGUAGACAUUUGAUGUUUUGGACUCCAAUUUUCUUUUUUUCUUCUUUUAAACACAUUUACCACUGGACUCUAAUUAGCAAACACACUGUUGUUAGCUUGAGAUUGCUGAAUUUCUGCAGUGUAAAGAUCCUGGGUGACAUUUUUGCAUAGUGCCAAUGUUAGGUCACCAAGUACCAUUUUCAAAGAGAUUGAACUAACUGGAUACCUUCUGAGGAUCUAAGGUUAAAGAACCUAUGUUUCUUCUGUAUUAAACUGAGUCUUAAUUUUCCUCUUCUGUUAAUUCUGUUCAAGUCUAAGGGGGGUCACAUAAUGUGGCUGAACUCAUAUUUUGACAAAUCAUUUCUAAAAGUUUAUUUCCUUUAUUUCGUUUCAAAUGAAGAUUUUGUGUAGUAGAUUUACUUUUCUAUUAGUUGGAAUAUGGCUAUAGCUUAACACACUGCCUCUGUAGGAGAGUAGUUAACUUCCUUCCAAGACCAUCCUCAAACAAGGGAAUAACAUGGUCCUGGAAGGUAGGUACUGUAUUUUUCAUUACAUAUGAGUAGUUUUCUUUUAUUUUCUACUAUUUAUUACAAGUUAUGAAGAGCAGUGUAACAGCUGUGACUUCUGUAUGUUUCCACCAGUAUUGAAUUCCAAAUGAUUCCAACGUAUGCUUUUGAGUCAUGUUACAGACAAUCUGAAUUCCACUACAUUUCUACUUGGCUUCAACAUUCCAUUCUGUUUGAAUCCAGAGUCUCAUUUAACUUGUAUUUGUUAGAGGGCAUAAAUGUUACUUGUAUAUUACAAUGCUGUCACUGUGUGACAUCCCGUAUGAGUUUUGAUGUAGAUCACAUUGCACUCAGCCCGCUGUGAUUAUGCUUAGAAAAUAUCGUAGUUGCUAGAUGCGGUGUGAAUUUUUUUUUAAAUUUUUAUUUUCCUUUCCCCUCCCCAUUAACAAUUGAGUCUAUGGUUUAAAAUGUGAUUUAUAAUGUGAUUAUGGUCCUAUAAGAUAAGUUGCUGAGCUAUCAGUCUUUUUGUUAUCACUAAAUCAUUUUUUAAAAUUUUCUAAAGCUGGAAAUGAUCAAAUGCUGUUUAGGUCAUUGUCAACGGUGUUGUGUUAAUUUUAUGUAUGUUCCUUAUAAAUAAGGAGCCUUCAGGAAAUAAAAUUAAACAAGGAGCA